AUUGCAGGUGGAUCUGUAAAAGAGAGGGAGAGAAGGAAAGAGAGAGAGAGAGACAGGAGGGGGUGGAAUGGGAGGUGCUGUAUCAGCCAGGCUGAGGCAGGACGCAGCAGCCGCACAAGAAGCACGCUGAGCCGAGGGAUCUAUUGUUCCUUUGGCUUUUUAGGUUUUUCCCUCUCCACCCAGACCUCAUUCUUCUCCACUGACCCAGAGAACGGAGCGAGAAAGAAGGGAAACAGAGAAGAGGAGACAGACAAGUGGAUUAUCCUUUCCUGGAGAAACCGCGUGCAGAAGAGUGAGCAGGACAAUAGCAGGCACACUUUUUCCCGUGCCGCAUCCUCUCGUUCAUACAUCUCCAGUUGAGUCUGUGUGGGUUUUGCGCGGUCUGCUUGGCAAGACUUGAGCCGUGUGGAUCUGUCUGGCCGGGCUGAAGCCAUGGGGCCGGCCAGCAGGGCAGCAGGGAGAGGGGGUAAUCCAACAGGGGCGCUUGCCUCCCUCCUUAGACUUGCUCUGCUUGUUUUCGGGCUUUGGGAUGUUCAGACCCAAACAGUCGCCAACAAACCCACCUACAUCUGGCAGACAGGGCCGUGGGGUAGGUGUAUGGGCAGCGAGUGUGGUCCGGGUGGAAGUCAAAGCCGAGCGGUAUGGUGUGCCCACUCUGAAGGCUGGACCACGUUACACACCAACUGCUUGCAGUCAGAAAGGCCCAGCAACCAGCAGAGCUGCUUCCGCGUGUGCGAUUGGCACAAGGAGCUGUACGACUGGCAGCUAGGGGCAUGGAAUCAAUGCGUGCCGGUGUCCAUGCGCAGCAUUGGCGUGCCAAGGCCAGCGGUGUGCACGCGGGGCGAGGAGGGCAUCCAGACGCGAGAAGUGGGCUGUGUGCACAAAUCGGACGGCGUGCCUGCGGAAGAUGCCAUCUGUGAGUACUUCGAGCCCAAGCCACGGUUAGAGCAGGCCUGCCUUAUUCCCUGCCCACGUGACUGUGUGGUGUCCGAAUUCUCCCCUUGGACCACCUGUUCCAAAAGUUGCGGGAUGGGUUUGCAGAACCGCAUUCGUUCAGUUUUGGCUCCGCCUCUUUUUGGCGGUUCGGCUUGCCACAACCUGACGGAGUUCCGCACCUGCCAACCGGGCCCUUGCGAGGGGGAGGAGAGCUUGUAUAGUUUAAGAGUGGGCCCCUGGGGUGCCUGUACUGUUUCACCCGUGCGCCAGGUCAGAGAAGCCAGAGAACCGAAACCAGAACGAAAAGCAAAAAAGCUGGAACGCCAGGCAAAAAAACUGGACCGCCAGGAGAAAAAACUGGACCGCCAGGCAAAAAAGCUGGACCGCCAGGCAAGACAGGACCGCCAGGCCAAGCGGCGCAAGAAUAAAGAGAAAAAGGAGUUGAGGGAAAACAAAGGAGAACGUGUGAAGGGCAGGGUGAGGGAGAAAAACAGGAUGAGGGACCCCGAGACUCAAGAACUCAUCAAAAAGAAGAGGACAAGGAAUCGUCAAAAUCGGCAGGGGUUGAAAUUUUGGGACCUGCAGGUGGGCUACCAAACCCGGGAGGUGACGUGUGUGCACCGGAGCGGAAGCACGACGGCACUCAGUUUUUGUAACCAGGAAACUCUUCCAGUGACGUAUCAAGCCUGUGUCAUUACCAAGGACUGUGAGGUGACUGAAUGGUCAGACUGGUCCGUCUGCUCAAAGGAGUGCUAUGAUCUGAACGGACGCAAGGGGCAACGCACACGUACCCGUCAGGUGCGGCAGUUUCAUGUGGGUGGGGGGGCAGAGUGCCCCGAGCUGGAGGAGAGCGAGCCAUGUUACCCGCAGGGAGAGGGAAUCCCUCCAUGUGUGGUGUAUAAUUGGAAAAGCACAGAGUGGAGUGAUUGUAGGGUAGACGUCCUCCUAAGCCAACAGGACAGACGUCGCAGUAACCAGACAGGACUCUGUGGAGGCGGGGUUCAGACAAGAGAAGUCUACUGCGUUCAAGCGCCCACCGAAACCUCAUCUAACCCCAGUUCCCUCAAGAGCAAAGACGCUUCCCGGCCAGUGAACAAAGACCUGUGUUUGGGUGUUCCUCCUAACACCACCCAGAUGUGCCAUAUUCCCUGUCCUGUGGAAUGUGAGGUGUCUUCCUGGAGCGCAUGGGGUCCCUGCACCUUUGAAAACUGCCAAGAUCAAUCGACAAAGAAAGGUUUCAAACUGAGGAAAAGAAAGAUCGUGAAUGAGCCCACCGGUGGGACAGGAAAUUGUCCCCACCUGACUGAAGCGAUUCCCUGUGAGGAGCCCAGUUGUUAUGAUUGGCUGGUGGUGAAGCUGGAGGACUGUGUUCCUGACAAUGACAAAGUAUGUGGUCCAGGAACCCAGAACCCACAAGUGCAAUGUGUCAACAGUGAUGGUGAAUAUGUGGAUCAACAGCUGUGUCGGGACGCUAUCCUCCCCAUGCCUGCGCUGUGUGAGGUGCCCUGUCCCAAAGACUGUGUGCUUAGUCCGUGGACCUCCUGGUCGUUGUGUUCCAACACCUGCUCGGGGAAGAACACAGAGGGCAAGCAGACCCGAUCACGCUCAAUCCUAGCAUAUAAUGCUGGCGAAGGUGGGGGUCAGUGCCCCAACAGCAGUGCCCUGCAGGAGGUGCGCAGCUGCAAUGAUCAUCCCUGCACCGUGUACCACUGGCAGACUGGACCCUGGGGUCAAUGCAUAGAGGACACCUCUGUUCCCUCUGCCAACAGCUCGAUGGGCCGUGGCGGAACGGGAGUCGGCAGUAAUGAGGCCUUCUGCUCUGUAGGAAUGCAGACUCGCAAAGUCAUCUGUGUCCGGGUCAAUGUGGGCCAAGUGCCACCAAAAAAGUGUCCAGAGAGCCUGCGUCCAGACACAGUCAGACCAUGCCUUCUACCCUGUAAGAGAGACUGUAUCGUCACCCCAUACAGUGAUUGGACCCCCUGUCCCUCUGCAUGCAACACAGGUGGUGCCAUCAAAAAGAAGCAAUCCAGGAAACGCAUCACACUACAGCUUCCAGCCAAUGGAGGCCAAGACUGUCCAGAAGUGCUCUACCAGGAGAAGGAAUGCGAUGCCGCAUCUGUUUGUCAAGGCUUCAGGUGGAAAACCCACAAGUGGCGAAGGUGUCAGCUGGUGCCCUGGAGCAUUCGGCAGGACAGCCCUGGAGCUCAGGAGACCUGUGGACCAGGACUACAGGCUAGAGCCGUCUCUUGUAAGAAGUUGGAUGGUGGUCCUGCAGAUGUUGCUGCGUGUCUAAAGCUUGCUGGUCCUAUGCCUCAACUCACUCAGUUAUGCCAACUUCCAUGCCAGGAUGACUGCCAGCUUACAGCCUGGUCCAAAUUCUCAUCCUGUGCAGCUGACUGUGUAGGUGUGCGGACCAGGAAGCGGACUCUUGUUGGUAAAAGCAAAAAAAGGGAACAGUGUAAAAACACGCAGAUGUACCCUUUGAGCGAGACACAGUACUGCCCGUGCAACAAGUACAACGCCCAGCCUGUCGGGAACUGGUCCGACUGCAUACUGCCUGAAGGUGGACGCGUGGAGGGACUUAUGGGUAUGAAAGUACAAGGUGAUAUCAAGGAAUGUGGCCAGGGCUACCGGUAUCAAGCUACGGUGUGUUAUGACCAGGACAACCGCCUUGUGGAGACAUCACGCUGCAACAGUCACGGUUACAUCGAAGAAGCCUGUAUCAUUCCCUGUCCAUCGGACUGCAAACUCAGCGAGUGGUCAAACUGGUCACGGUGUAGCAAGUCGUGUGGCAGUGGAGUCAAAGUACGAUCAAAGUGGCUUCGAGAGAAACCUUACAACGGUGGACGGCCCUGCCCGAAACUAGACCAUGUUAACCAGGCUCAGGUGUAUGAAGUGGUGCCAUGUCUGAGUGACUGCAGUCAGUAUGUUUGGGUGGCUGAACCAUGGAGCGUCUGGAAGGUCAGCAAUGUCGAUCUAAAGGAAAACUGUGGGGAAGGUGUACAGACUAGGAAAGUGAGGUGCAUGCAGAACACUGUAGAUGGGCCUUCGGAUCCUGUAGAGGACUAUCUCUGUGAUCCAGACGAGAUGCCUCUUGGAGCCAGAGAGAGCAAGCUGCCCUGUCCAGAGGAUUGUGUUCUAACUGACUGGGGUUCAUGGAGUCGAUGCCCACUGCCAUGUAAUGCAAAUGGUACAAGGCAGAGAACUGCCAGUCCUAUACGUCAGGCUGGUGAUGGUGGGAAACAGUGUCCUUCAACCACAGAGAGGGAACCAUGCAUCGUGAACACCAACUGCUUCCAUUACUCCUAUAAUAUUACAGACUGGAGCACAUGUCAGCUGAGUGACAGAGCUGUUUGCGGGGUUGGAUUCAAAACACGAAUGCUGGACUGUGUUCGAAGUGACGCCAAGUCAGUGGACCUCAAGUUUUGCGAGGAGCUUGGUCUUGAGAAGAAAUGGCAGAUGAAUGCGUCCUGCGUGGUCGAGUGCCCCGUCAACUGCCAGCUGUCCGAAUGGUCGUCCUGGUCUGAAUGCUCCCACAGCUGUGGUCUUGCAGGGAAGCUCUGGAGGAGAAGAACUGUGAUCCAGGCCUCUCAAGGAGAUGGGAGACCAUGUUCCUCACAGCUGGAACAGUGGAAACCCUGUCCUGUGAAACCCUGCUUCAGCUGGAGAUACAGUGCUUGGUCGCCUUGCAAAUCUGAGGGUGCAAGGUGUGGAGAGGGCUUACGCUUCAGGAAUGUGUCCUGCUUCGUGUCCGACGGUUCAAAGAAGGAUCCGGGCAGUAUGGUGGAUGAGGAACUGUGUAGUGACCUGGAGCAGACAGUGGAUGGAGACAAGCAGAUCAUCCUGCAGGAGUUUUGCACAGUGCCCUGCCCAGGCGAGUGUUACCUGACGGAUUGGACAGAGUGGAGUCCAUGUCAACUGAGCUGUAUCAGCGGUGACGAUCUAGGAUUUGGUUCCGUGCAGGUCCGUUCUCGUGCCGUUCUAGCUCAGGAACCCGAGAAUCUUCUUCAGUGUCCAGAACAGGAAUGGGAAGCAAGGCCAUGUACAGAGGGCCAGUGUUAUGAGUACAAAUGGAUGACCGGUCCAUGGAAAGGCUCAUCUCGCCAUGUCUGGUGCCAGCGCUCUGAUGGAUUAAACGUCACAGGUGGAUGCCCAUUGACAAGCGAACCUGUGUCGGACCGGUCGUGUGACCCAGUCUGUGACAAACUUCGUUCAUACUGCACGGAGGCCGGUGUAUGCGGCUGUGAAGAAGGCUACACUGAGGUGAUGACAUCAGAUGGCGUGUUGGAUCAGUGCACAGUCAUACCAGUGCUUGAGAUCCCAACCGCGGGUGACAGCAAAGCUGAUGUGAAGACGAUUAGAGCCCUUAACCCCACCCAGCCCACCGCCAACCUUCCAGGCCGAUCUGGGCGCACCUGGUUCCUGCAGCCAUUCGGACCUGAUGGCAAACUCAAGACCUGGGUGUAUGGUGUAGCAGCUGGAGCUUUUGUACUGCUUGUAUUCAUUGUCUCUAUGACUUACUUAGCCUGCAAAAAGCCAAAGAAGCCCCAGAGAAGACAGAUGAAUAACAGACUCAAGCCUCUGACGCUGGCUUACGAUGGCGACGCUGACAUGUAGCGUGACCGCAUUCGCCUGUGCCGCAGUUCACCCGCCUCCCCUCACGGCCGGAUAUCUGGAACAGCCUCAGACCAGAAGACUCGAGCAAACUCACCCAUUGCUUUUUUUAUAAGACCCAAACGAAACCUCAGAGAGAUACUCCACCCGUGUUUCUACAAUAACUCCCUUUCCUUUUUACGUUCAAGUUUUUGAACUUCGUUUCACGAGAGCCUUGACAAACUCUGAUCUUCUUUAGGGAGUCUGCCUUUAUCUCUCUGCCAUCGAUGUCUUUCUGUAACAUAAACUUGGUUUUCGGGAGGAAAGCCCUGUUCAUAAAAUUGUGGAGGUUUGGUGAGAAAGCACAAAAUACACACUUUGUCUCUUAAAUAUCACACUAUCUGUCAGCUCCUGCAGUGUGCCAAUGGAUCAGCUCAGUCUGCACAUUGCACGUGACUGUCGCAUAGACCCCUUAAAUACGCAAUUUAACUAGCCAGAAACGUUUUCAGUCCUUCACUCUCUCUCGGGUCCUUCUUCACAUUGAUAUUUUGAGAUAAGAAAGAUGGAAGAUUGCAUGGGCCCACUAGCGUCCCCUAAAGAAAUGCUGACCUGCCUUUCCCCUCACUGUAUUCAGGCUCCAUUUUGCACUAUAUUAGUGCAGCAUGAACAUGUACUUAUAGCAUUGCCAUAGAAAACUGCCUCUCUCCAAACAAGAUGAUGUACAGUCUUGUGCUAAACAAGUUUUUUUCAAAGGAGAGAUAACACAAGUAGCCCUUUUUUCUUCUAAUGGAACUCACUGUUUGUUAAUACAUGCUUGUUUGCUGGUUACCUCUUGUUUGUGAUAAUGGGGCGAAGUUGAAAAGAUUUUCGUGGACUCCACAAACCCCCUGUUGUAUGUACAGUUGCAGUCAGCCAUGUGUUGCUUUCCAUGCCUGAUUGAAUUAAUGUGUAUUAUUCAGUGGCUCUUUUCACCUUACAGAUUUGGGUUGGUGGAGUUUUCCAUGGGUUUCAGUCAAAAAGGGCUCUGUGUUUACAAUCUGAGCGCUUUAAUGAGUAUGAUGUUUGAUUUACUGAUCCUACUGUGUCUACUGUGUUAACCGAUUCUGUUUGCAGUUUAUCUACCAUGGCUACAGAACACAAUUACAGUAUGGCAUGACAUUUUAUAUCAGCUAGAUUCCAAAAAACAAUGCUUGAAUAUUUGAAGAUUAGUUAUGGGAAAUAUCAGUUUGGCAUUUUUACCUUUGAUUUGAGGUUGAACAAAAUUCAGCUUAUUAAAGGGUUACAUCACCAAAAAUUAAGAUUCUGUUCUCAUUCACUUGAUAAAUGAUAUAAAAAUGUAGGUAAUGCUAAGGUUGUAUUAGUAAACAUUAGUAAAUGCAUUUAUUAACAUGAACAGACAAUGGACACUAUAGUUUUUCAACAUGUAUUAAUUUUUGUUAAUAUUAAUGUCAAUACAGUUAUCCAUGUUAGUUCAUGGUGCAUUAGUUAAUGUUAACAAUUACAAUGCUUGUUUUUAUAUGAGUAAAUGCUGAAAUUAACAUGAACUAAGAUUACCUCAUUCCCUGCAAGCCUUUUUUUUUUUUUUAAGUUGCCCGCCCGCAUUUUUUGUGAUUUACACAAAAGUUUAAAUGAAAAAACUUUCAGGAAAAUGUUAUUUUCUUCUAAAAAUAUAUAAACAUACAAAUGUAUCAAAUGAAAGAGGAGACCCUCUGCUUUCAAACAAACCGGGAAAAAAGUUUCAUCCUAUCUAUAUUUUUUCUCUGCUUAUAAACUCUUAAAUAUGGAUAUUUUUCUUCAAAAAAAAUUUUUGUAACAUUUUUGUUAAGGAAUUUUGUUUAGAAAUCAGAUUCAGAACUAUUAUCAAAACAUAAACGCAGUGUAAAAUGAAUAAAUAAUGUUUUGCUUAAUUUUUUUAUAAAUUGGGUAAAAGCACCGUCUAGUGGAUAAUCGCAGUAUUAAAGAUUACCCUAAAAACUCAUCAGUUUUUUUCAUGCAAAUGCUUUCCCUUAAUUGAAAAGAUAACUUGUCAACAGCAGGGAAUGAGUUAAUAAUUGCUGUAGAAUCAUUGUUCAUUGUUAGUUCACGUUAGCUAAUUGUUAACAAAUACAACCUUAUUGUAAAGUGUUUCCAAAAUUGUUAAUGGGUACUUGAUUACCAUGGUGUUUCAAAAUUGUGACUUUCUUUAUUGGAACAUAUGUACCCCAGCUGUCACUGGGGCAAAUAUGUACCAUUAGGUACAGAUAUGUAUACAUUUGGUAUCAAUAUGUACCUUUAAGAUGUAAAUAUGUAUCUUUGAGGUACAAAUAAGCACUCUUUGGUACCAAUAUGUAACUCUGAGGUACUAUAAUGACGUCUUUAGGUGCAAAGCUGUACUUUUUAAAAAUGGUACAGCCCCAGUGACACUCUGGGUACAAAUUUGUUUCUGACAUUGAAGGCAGAAUUGGAGGUACCAACAGAAUCGGUCAACAUUCACUUUCAUUGCAUAGAAUAAAAAUGCAAUGCAAAGGAAUGGUGACUGAUGCUGUAAGUCAUUAACAUUAGCAUUUUGUGUUCCAUUGAAAAUGUCAUAAAGGUUUUGAAACAACAUUAAUGUUUCUUUUUGGGCGAACUUUUUAUGUAGGGUGCAUUAAAUCAAUUUGUUUUGUGCAUGCACAUUACUAGCCAUGAACAUACACGUAAUACAGAAUUGGUUAUGAGGAUGAUAUGUGGAUUCAGAUAUGAUUGAAAAUGUCAGUGUCACCAACUAUUUCAGUUUGGGUGGAAAAGCACAAAUAAGUACAUUGGGGCAACUUUUUUCCAAAAUCUAUAUCUACAGUGAAAGCCACUAUUGGGCACUAUUGAUCUCUAAAGGCAUAUCAUUAGAUUUGUUUUUAAUAACAACGGGUGAAAGGAAUGUUUACUUAUGUGUUUUGUUAAUUUGUAAAUACAUGAAUGAUUUUUAAUUUAAUGAUAGUUUCUUUAUUAAAUAUACAUUUGUUUGUUUCUUUUUUACUGCAUAAAGUGUUUAGUAUACCUUUCUCAAGGUAUGUCUGAAAGUAUGUGUGUAGAUGUGUGUGAGAGAGCGUGAGAGAGCGAGAGAGAGAGCGUCUACUGCUACUACUGGUUUUCGCUGGGGCGAACCAGGUUACUGUGUGAAAAUCUUGCUUUCUUCUUUUCCUACAGGUUGUUUAUAUGUGUCUGAUGAAUUGCUGAUAAUAAAGGAAUACAUUGCUGUA